AUGAAAAAAUCAAGGUGGAAGACAAAGCAACUGGAGAAAGAUUAUGAAGUUUUUAAGAGACAAUUUGAAGUUGUUAAAGCAGAUAAUGUAUACUUGGUGCUCCCCAAGGAUAGAGAUUCAAAGAAAUUGCAGUUGAGUUUAAGCCUUGAGUUUGAGCCAUCAUGUACAGAUAACUUGAAUCAAGAAAUGGAAGGUUCUUGCAGUAACAGAAGUGAAAAUAGCUGUGAUAUUAAGUUAGACAUAUCAAGAGCACCAGCAAAUGACAGCCCUUUAUCUCUACACCCCUCAACCAGACCCCUCUUUACACCUUCCAUGAGGCCUAAUGGCGUGGCACAACUUUUCCAGACGACGUGUAGACUUGAUAUUCAGUACCAGAAACCAGAACAAACUGUGAAAGAUGAAAGCUUCUGUAGUAUGUUAUGUGGCAUGGAUGAUCAAAUCGGAUUCUGGCCAUGGCUAGAACAACAGCUUUCUCAUUCCAUGGACAUAAUUCCAGGAUACAUUAUCACAUUCUAA